AUGGAUGUGAAGGCAAGACUUAAAGAACCCACCAUACCCGACCCCGACGACGACCAAGACACUUCACCCGAUUCUAACAAUGGCCAAGACAACAAAAGACAGGAUUUAAUCUACGACCCAAAAAAA